AUGGGUAAGGCAAGAAAGGAAAAGAGAGAGAGAAAAAGCAAGGAGGAGGACGAGAUAUCUGCCGUCGAGGAGAUGAUGAAAUUGCGCAAGAAGAUGGAAAAAAUGUGCGAAAAAAUGGAUGCUCUACAAAGCAAGGUUAAGUUGACCGAUGACGAUGCAUUUCACGACGCCGAAGCUGAGAAAGAAAACGGCUCGUCGAACAUUCAAACGCAGAAAGAUACUGCAACGCUUACGGAUGAAAAGGAGGACGGCAAGCUCGCAGAAACCAACAAAGAUGAGGACACGGAAAUCUCGAAAGAUGAAGAAUGGUUAAACAUUAUCGGAGAUGAUCCAACGGUCCCCAAAUCAAUGCAGAUGGUUGUGAAGCCGGAAUUGACUAAAAUAUGGAAAUUCUACUGCCGCGAGGGAAUGAAGGCCGAGGAGGAGAAAGCUCUCAUGGAGAAGUACGCGAGUAUCCCGGAGUUCAAAGCUCCAAUUCUCAACCCUCAAAUUGCCGCUACAAUGAAAGACGCGGCAAAGAAACGUGACGCACACAUGGUCACCAUACAGGACAUAUCAAGCCUGGCCUUGUCUAUUGCUGGCUCGCUCAUAACUAAUAUUUAUGAGAACAGGCACGAGGGUAUGGACAUAACGGACAUAUUGGAACCGUUGAAGGAUGUCGGCAGCCUCAUUGCCAUACAAAUGAACCGUCAAUCGGCUAACCGAAAAGCAUUUAUCGAACCUGGGCUGAGCAAAGAAACUAUGGAGCUACUGAAGGACACCAAAAUAGAUGAGUACUUGCAUGGCAGUGACUUAUCGACCAAAAUUAAGGAGAACAAAGCGCUCACAAAAGAGAGUGUAGAAUUGGUGAAAAAGACUCCACCAACUACGGCCAACUCACAAAAAACGGUAAACUACAAGACCCCAUACAAGACGCAGCUUCGCCAGAGCAUGGGGUCUUAUACACAGCGAGGCGCACAGGCGAAACCAAAAUUCUCCUUCAGAGGAAAGCAGCAGUACGUGAACCACAGGAACCAAGGAUCGCAGAACCGGUCGAGCUCGUCCACUCAGGCACAAAAGCCGUAUCGCUACAAAAUCGAAUUCGACCAGGUCGUUCCAAAAAAGUCGAAAAUAAAUAAAAAAUACCGUGUCGACAACGAGAUGAACAAAAGAAUAAAAAAUGCCAUUCGUGAGUUGGAAGAAAAAGGAGCCGUAGUAAAAUGCCUUGAAAGGGACGAUCAAGUCCUGUCUCCGUAUUUUUUGAGGAAGAAACCAAAUGGUACAGACAGAUUCAUACUAAAUCUUAAGUGGCUGAAUCAAUUCAUCAAAAAGAGACACUUCAAAAUGGAAGACUUGAGAACUGCCACUCAACUAACCAGUAAGAACGAUUACCUUGCAUCAAUCGACAUAAAAGAUGCGUACUUCCUAGUUGCACUGCAUAAAGAUAGUAGGAAAUACGUAAGAUUUACCUUCGAAGAUGAGACAUAUGAAUUCGUCUGCUUAGCGUUUGGUCUCUCCUCUGCGCCAUACGUAUUCACGAAGUUAAUGAAAGCUCCUAUCAAAAUACUCAGAACAGCAGGCUACACUAAUGUGAUAUACCUUGAUGACUACCUGGCCAUAGAAAAUACGCCAGAAAAAUGCAGCAAAAACAUUAAUGCAGCAUUGAACUUAUUUACGUCCCUUGGACUAAUUAUCAACCAUGAAAAAUCAGAGCUGACUCCUGUCCAAAGGUGCACUUUCCUCGGCAUGGAAAUCGACACUGCUCGCUAUUGUGUUCAAUUGCCCCGGAAAAAGAUGGAACAUAUACACGCGCUCAUUGAGACUUAUUUGAACAUGAAAUCAUGCUUCAUUCGGUCGUACGCUGUACUGAUCGGCACACUAAUAUCAUGCUGUCCAGCCGUCGAGUAUGCGUGGCUCAACACGAAAAUUUUGGAAAAAGAAAAAAUUUUCGAAUUGAUAUGGAACAACUAUCGCUACGACGCAAUUAUGCACAUAUCAACAGAGGCGAAAGAAGAACUCGGAUGGUGGAAAAGUAAUAUAAAAAUUCGAGUAAACUAUAUAAAAGAUGAGCAAUACGACAUAACAAUUUUCACGGACGCAUCCUCGACGGGCUGGGGCGCAACCGACGGGAAGCGAAAAAUCUUUGGUAGUUGGUCGGCAGACGAGCGAAAAGAACACAUUAAUUUUUUGGAGCUUCUUACAGUAAAAAUUGCUCUACAAGAGCUAGCUCACGAUUCGGAAAACGCCCGAAUACUACUGAGAAUUGACAAUACCACAGCCAUCUCAUACGUCAAUAAGAUGGGGGGCGUACGGGUUGACAAGCUCAGCAGGCUAGCCCGCGAAAUUUGGCAAUGGGCAGAAAGCAAGGAAAUAUAUCUCUUUGCGUCGUAUAUUGCCUCAAAAGAAAAUGUCGUGGCCGACCAACUAUCAAGAAUUACGCAGCGCGACAUCGAAUGGGAGUUAAACAAUAAGUGGUUCGAUAUAAUCGCAAAAGCCUGGGGCACCCCACAGAUCGAUCUAUUCGCGACAUCGAAAAAUAAAAAAUGCAGAAAAUUCAUAUCGUGGAAACCGCAAAAAGGCGCUAUUUGCAUUGACGCAUUUACGAUCGAUACAUCACCCGCAAGCUCAUCAUCUCCGCCUGAUUGCCGCCAAAGUGUCAGGCAAGCGCUGAUAGCAAGAGGAGCUCCAGAGGAAGCGACGGAGAUCAUGAUAGCUUCGCUGUCAAACGCAACGCUUCGACAAUACAGCGGAGCACUUAAAAAAUGGAAUAAUUAUUGUUCGAACAAAAAUAUCAACAUCAACGACAUCAACAAGUACAAUCUUCUUGGGUUCUUGACAGAAAAAUACAAAGACGGUGCGUCACAUGGAACAUUGAACUCGCACCGCAGUGCCUUGUCAUUAUUAUCAAAUAAUAAAAUAGGAGAUCAUCCAGACAUCACCAGAUUUAUGAAAGGUGUACACAAAUUACGGCCAGCUAGGCCCAAAUAUGCAUUUACUUGGGACGCCGGCACAAUUGAAUAA